CUUAUUAGCUCAUCUAUAAUACAGCUCUCUAUAAUUUCUGAACUUUUACUAGUUCAACAAUCUUUUUUCACGACAAAUAGAAGAUAACUUAAGUUUGGGAAAUUACGUAAUCCGGUACUUGAUAAUUAUUGAAUAUUCCUUGUGAUCUUCAUAUUAACAGUAGCGUGUCAGUUGUGUGACUUACAGUCACACAAUAACGGUUUGUUUGUAUGCGAUAAAUUAUACUAGAGACCAAUUUUAAUUAUAUGUAUUUUUCAUUAAAUUAAAACACUUAAUACAAUUUUUUUAUUAGAAAUGUUUAAAAAAUAAACGAAAAGUCCACUACAUUUUUGCAUUAAAAUAAAUUUAUCUAAUUAAAAAAGUUAUGAAUUUAAUUUUUUUUUUAUAUUCUCGGCCAAAAUGGACCCAAAAUAUUACUGUAGAACCUAUGGUAUUUUUAUAUUUUAUAACAUUAGCUAUAUCAGGAAUGGUAGGGACAAAUUUGAUAUACAGAAAAAGCUGCGAUGAAACAGCCACUGAUCAACCGAACCUGGAAUUACCAUGUCCGAACAAAACAUAUGCUUUGACAUCAGUCGCAAAUAUAAAUACUUGGAAACUUACCAUUCAAGAAGCCGUACCAAUAGUCUUUCUUCUCUUUGCCGGUCCAUGGAGCGAUAGUCAUGGGCGGCGGAGAAGACCGCUCAUGUUCAUACCCAUCAUUGGUCAGCUUGUCAUAGACAUUUUUAAUCUCAUUUCUGUAUACUAUUGGAGGUGGCCCCCGUCUGUAGCUGCUAUUUUCGCAUGUUUUUUGACUGGUAUAACUGGGUCCAGAAACUGUUUUGUAGUCGGGGUGAUUUCGUAUAUUUCUGAUAUCACUGAAGUAGAAAAUCGAACACAACGAAUUGGAAUACUCAUUUCAUUGUAUCUAAUAGCUUCUCCCAUUGGAGAUUUCGUAGCUGGAUUCUUAAAUGUUUCCAUAGGGUUUUACGGUAUUUUUCUUGUUUGUAUAAUUUUAAAUAUAUCAGCACUGAUUUUCGGAUUGAUACUGGUAAAAAAUACAUCAAUUGACUAUGAAAAAGUUUCGUUUUGGAAAAGUAUAAAUCCUAAAAUAAUUAUAAAUACUAUGGAAGUACUAAUCAAAAAAAGGCCAAAGAAAAACAUGUUAGUAUACAUGGUUAUUGUAUCACCUCUUAUUUUGGGACCACUUCAAGGAGAGUUCUCGAUACUUUAUUUACUCGUAAUCCACAAGUUUGGUUGGCAAGAAGAAGAUUAUAGUAUCUAUGCUGCCUACAGAAUGGUAAUUAUGCUAAUAGGAACUAGUACAGCAAUUUGGAUGUUUAGUAUAAAACUUAAACUCCACGAUUCUAUUAUAGGAGUAAUUAGUAGCAGUCUUACUUUAGUUGCAACAAUUGGAUACAUUUUGAUCAUAAGUCCUUGGCAAUUUUACGCAAUACCACUCAUCGACAUUUUUCAUGGCGCUGGAUAUUCAGUUAGUAUUUCAAUAGCUUCUAAACUUGUCGAAAACACAGAAUUAGCACAAUUAAGUUCUGUUCGUGGAAUUAUGGAAACUUUACUUCCAGUCAUUAUAUUUCCAUUAUACAAUCAAGUGUACCAAUUAACCUUUGAAGCAAUACCGGGUGCUGUUUUCUUUUUAUCAUUUUUGCUAACGAUACCUGUUACAAUUAUAUUUUGGUAUUCGUACAAGAUUGACAAAGACUGCAUCAACGUGUACGCUGUGAACUCUAUAGAAAAAUCUUAAGUUAAGUUACUCAUUUUAAAUGAAUAAUUAACUCUAUAAUAAACAACAUAUGUGUUUUAUUAUAUUGUUUGUAUUGUACAAAAUAUACAGGUGGAACAUCA